CGCAUGAGGUGGGCGUGGUCAGCAGCUGUUGGGGCGGUAGCCGGACACCUGUUACCUGUUCUCCACCUAGAGCCGGUGGUACCGAGUACAGCGCCGAGUCCCGGAUACAGUGACAGGGUUUGUUACUGAGCCGCUCUUCUCGUGAACACUCCUCCGGUCAUCUCAUAUAAAGGACGUACUGGAGGCGCUGUGCUCCAAGGACAAACCUGUACCUACCGCUGAAGACCGGGAACAUCCGCAGCCAGCAGCCCCAUGGCCGGAGAGGUGCCCGAGAUUCCCGAUGACUCCAUGUUCCAGUCCUUCCAGGCGCAGUGCGAGUCCAGUGAGGGCUGGACGUGUUUCUACAAGAAGCCGGGUAUUGGGGUGUGGAUGAAGCCCCCGAGCGGGAAGGGCUGCCUGGUUCACACGGUGAAGGGAUGCAUGACGUUCCCAGACGUUUCAUCUGAAACUGUAUAUGAUGUUUUACAUGAUACAGAAUACCGCAAAAAAUGGGACGUAAACAUGAUAGAAACGCGGGACAUUGCUCGGCUCUCUGUGAACGCAGAUGUGGGGUAUUACUCCUGGAAGUGUCCUAAACCUGUGAAGAAUCGUGAUGUGGUCACUCUGCGCUCAUGGCUUAUAUUGCCAGACUCAUAUAUGAUCAUUAAUUUCUCUGUCAAGCAUAGUAUGUAUCCACCCCGUCGAGACUUGAUCCGAGCAGUGUCCUUUCUUGCAGGAUACCUUAUUAAAGUGAAUGGCCCUACCAGCUGUACAUUGACCUAUCUGGCACAGGUAGAUCCCCGAGGUUCCUUGCCAAAGUGGGUUGUAAAUAAAUCCUCCCAGUACUUGGCACCAAAGAUUCUACGGAAACUGCACAAGGCAUGCUUACAGUAUCCAGCCUGGAAGAAGAAGAACAAUCCUGAGUUUAAGCCGUGGCUAAAUCCAGAACAGAACACGUUACCUCGUAUAUCCCUUAAUGAGCUGUCCCUGCAGAGAGCGGAGUCCCUAGAACAUGUGGACGAAAGUCUGGUGUGUGAAGAUAAAGACGACCGAGGAGACAGCGACGACUAGGAAGACAAAAUGGUUAAAAGAUGAACAACAAAGACUCAGUGCAGCAAAAUGCUGACUUGUAGAAAGGUCUGCAAGCAGAAUAAUAAAUGAACUGUUCAGAUGAAGUUCAUACGUGGCAUUAAGCAUUGCUUUACUGAUCUAAGGGAAGGCCUUAGAUAGAUCCAGACCCACAGCAUCUUUUAUCACUAAAACUGCUCAGGACCAGAGCAUUUUAAACCUCCAUGUUUAGUCAUCUAUUUACAAUAAGCCACGUCUGUUUUUUUUUGUUCUCCUCUGAAGACUAGUGAAAAGAACCAAAGUGACAAAUUAAAACUGAUACCAUGCCAAUAGAUUGAUCUGCCAAGUCUUCCACAAAAAAAAAAAAAAACUUUCCAGAACUGUGAGAUGUUCAAUUGUCACCAGCUCUGUGCCUUUUACAUUCCCAAAGUGGAUUAUCACCUUAACUAAAUAUAACAAUUCUCCUUGGUAGGAGAUUAAUGAUUAAUGUGAAGGCCUUUGUCAAUUAAGCAAGGUUUAUUGUGGUGCUUUCUCUGCUACUUAUGAAUAAGGUAGAUCAGGGGUCUCAAACUGGUGGCCCUCCAGA